CGAGAAAAGAACCGGUUUAGUCCGGUUUAAUUAGACUUUGACCAAUUUAAUUCCUUACAAAUAUCAAUUUUGCUAAAUAAUUUAACUUAUGGAAUUUAGUUGGAUAACAUAAGAUUUGAAUUUGAAACCAAACACUAAACUUAGAAUCCACACAAAUCCUCACUGCCUUAUCCUAACCAACAAAAAAUUUCCAGCUUUCAUGACUAAAAAUAAAUAAAGCUGUUUAAAUCGUUGGGUUAUCACCAACAUUUUGAACGUAACCUUAGGAACCUGUUUCAUGUAAGAAUCAACAUGAGCUCAUCAGAAGAAGAUGUGGUUAGUCUCGUCAGCGUUCUUGGUCUCGCCGUUUUCAUCGGUCUCUGCAUUUUGCUCGUUGUUCUUUUUGCAACCUCAGCUAUCAUUCUUGUAAUCUACGCCAUCAUCGACUGCACUCUCCGACCAUUCUUAGGAACGUAUCUCGACCUAGAUCUCGAAAUCGGAGUACAAAGAGGCCAACCUCGUGCUAGGAUCGUGACUUACCACGCAAUCAUCCAGACCAGUCUACAGUUAACAGAUUCCGAGAGAAAAGGGAAAAAGCGAGGGCUGAAACAAAGCGCGAUCGAAACCCUACUUCCGAAAUUGCUUGUUGGACAAGUCAACCAUGAGGGCCAAGAUGAGAGGUCACUAGAAUCAAUUGAAUGCGCGAUUUGUCUCAGUGGUUAUGUCGUUAACGAAGAAUGCAGAGUAUUUCCGGUUUGCAAACAUAUCUAUCAUGCGUUUUGUAUUGACGCUUGGCUUAAGAAUCAUCUCACAUGUCCUACUUGUCGUAAAGACUUGCCAGAUUCAUGACAAAUCCAAAACUUGGUUG